CUUGGACAUCUAAAAAAAAAGUCUAUAUAAACUACUCUCGGUGCCCAUGCUGUCGGAUAAUUUCUCAGACCAACUCGAUCACCCAAGGUUGACUUACGAGCUCCUCUAUCUUUGACCUGCAUACCAGUGCCUAUCCGCCAUGGCUAGUUUUCGUCGCCUCGCGCUCCUCCUCGGAGCCGUUCUCCCUGCCAUCUUCGCCGCUCCUACUGCUCCUCAGCAGAAGCGGGAGAUCGUCCCCAACAAGUACAUCGUCACCCUGAAGGAGGGCAUCACCACUGAGGACUUCAAGACCCAUGUGAACUGGGCUCGCGACAUCCACAGCCGCAGCCUGUCUAAGCGUGACACCACUGGUAUCGAGCACGAGUACCACAUCUCAAACUUCAACGCUUAUUCCGCCGAGUUUGACGAGGAGACUCUGGAGCAGAUCAAGAACCACCCCGACGUUGCCGAGGUUGAGGAGGACCAGGUCUGGUACCUCUUCGACGAGACCCCCGAGCUCUCGAAGCGCGCUCUUACCACCCAGACCGGCGCACCCUGGGGACUGGGCACCGUCUCCCACCGCACUUCCGGCUCCACGUCGUACAUCUAUGACACCUCCGCCGGCGAGGGCACCUAUGCCUACAUCAUCGACACUGGUAUCCUGGAAACUCAUGAACAGUUUGGCGGCCGUGCGUCGCUAGGCUACAACGCUGCCAGCACCAGCAACCCCGACGCUGUAGGCCACGGCACUCACGUUGCCGGUACCAUCGGAGGCUCUACUUAUGGUGUCGCCAAGAAGGCUACCCUCAUCGCCGUUAAGGUGUUCCAGGGUUCGUCUAGCACUACCGCGAUUGUCCUGAGCGGAUACAACUGGGCUGUGAACGAUGUCAUCAGCAAGGGCCGCCAAAGCGUUUCCGUCCUAAGCCUGUCGCUCGGCGGUGGCUUCUCCUCCGCUUUCAACAACGCCGUCAACUCUGCCUUCGGCUCGGGUGUCCUGUCCGUCGUUGCGGCUGGCAACAGCGCCACCAACGCUGCCAACACAUCGCCCGCUUCCGCUGCUGAUGCGAUCACCGUCGGUUCUAUCGACUCCUCGUGGGCCAUUUCUUCCUUCUCAAACUACGGCGCCGUUGUCGAUUUGUUUGCCCCCGGCAGCAGCGUCAUUUCCGCCUGGAUCGGCUCCAACACUGCCACCAACACCAUCUCUGGUACCUCGAUGGCCACUCCCCACGUCACUGGUCUCGCGCUGUACCUGAUUGCGCUCGAGGGCCUCAGCACCCCUGCUGCAGUCACCAACCGCAUCAAGGCGCUCUAUACCACGGGCAGGCUUACCGGAAUCCCUAGCGGCACUGUCAACGCUGUCCUCUACAACGGCAACGGCGCUUAAGGGAUAGGGCCGAUUUGAUAUCAACGACCACUGACGCAAACGACAGCCGAGAGGGACCUAUCACUCGAUGGGAAUUUUGCUCAGAGGGAAGCUAAAGAGAUC